UCGACCUUCAUCCACAAACCAAUGGCAAGGUUCUGUUUAUUUUAUCGUCCCUCGCUAAGCAGCACAAAAGAUUGAAAUAGUAGCAGUCAUGGCUCAGAAUCUUUUGAAGCAAACGUAUCCAUGGAUCAAGACGCCGCUGAUCAUUGGUGCGCCGAUGCGAUUGAUUUCGCUGGCACCAUUGGCUAUUGAGGUUUCGAGAGCUGGCGGCAUCGGCUUCAUUGGCUCCGGCACCGACACCUCCACCCUCGAGCAUAUCCUGCUCCACGCCCAAUCCCUCCUCCUCUCCCACCCCAUCCCCCACUCCCCCCCCACCACCCUCCCCCUCGGCAUCGGCUUCAUAAACUGGGGCGCCUCCCUCCCCCUCGCCCUGCCCCUCAUCGCCCGCUUCCACCCCGCCGCCGUCUGGUUCUUCGCGCCCGCCUCCCUCGCCUCCCUCGCCUCAUGGACCGCCGCCACGCGCGCCGCGUCCCCAGCCACGAAGAUCUGGAUCCAGAUCGGCAGCGUCGCGGCCGCGCUGGCCGUCACGCGGGCGUGUGCGCCCGACGUGCUAGUCGUGCAGGGCACAGACGCGGGCGGGCACGGGCUAGUCCGGGGCGCGGGGGUCGUGAGUCUAGUGCCGGAAGUCGCAGACGCGCUGUCCGCGCUCGCGGCAGAAGAGGAGGGGGGGAAGGCGCCCAUGCUGGUGGCGGCGGGCGGGAUAGCGGAAGCGCGCGGCGCGGCAGCGGCGCUCGCGCUCGGCGCCGGUGGGGUGGUGCUGGGGACGCGGUUGCUGGCGUCGCCGGAGGCGAAUAUCGCGGAUGGGUACAGGAAGGAGGUGCUGAGGGCGAGGGAUGGCGGGCAGAGCACGGUGAGGACGAAGGUGUAUGAUGCGCUAAGGGGGACGACGGGGUGGGGGGAGGAGUAUAAUGGAAGGGCGGUUGUGAAUCGGAGUUUUGUGGAUGCGGGGGAGGGGAUGGGGGAGGAGGAGAAUAAGAGGUUGUAUGAGGCGGAGAUGGAGAAGGGGGAUGCUGGGUGGGGGGUGGAGGGGCGGAUGACGACGUACGCAGGGGCGGCGGUGGGGUUGGUGAAAGAAGUUAAGGGGGCCGCGGAUAUUGUGGAGGAGGUUAGGGAGGGGGCUGUGAGGGUGUUGGAGGGGUUGAUGGGGGAGGCGAGGACUAAGUUGUAG